AUGGUAAUGAUAAUGACAUUUACUUGUGGAGCUGGACAUGGAGGUCAUAGCGAUUGCGCCAGCAACAUAGCCGCAGAAAUCGAGUGCUGCAAGGUGACGGAGGGGACCCUGACGUCCACUGACUGCGAGAUUCUACCCGGCGACGCUGGGGAGAUGCUUUCCUGCGCUCCCAAAGGCAUGUUCUUGCAAGGCGUCUGUGGCUCCUUCAACAACACCAGCUGCUUCGGCUCCUCCCACAACAUCAGAUGUUGCAAGUAUUUCCUGGACGAGACCAUCACAGGUACCCCCAAUCGUAGGAUGUAUCCGGUGGAGGUGGGGAUAGAGCCUUCCACCAAUGGAUAUGAUUCAAGGUGUUCAUCAGGCAAAAUUGCAGUGGGUCGUUGUGCGUCUGGGGCCACACCCGGAUGCUCAGUCGAUUACACCUUGAUCACCUGUGCCCAUGGAGCCCCUUGCAUCGAUUGCCCUCUGACCUGAUCAGGAUGUGUCACAAACAGCAAUACAGGAUACUUCUUGAGCGAA